ACAUCGACGGGCAGCUCAAUACAAGCUUCCGAGAUUACAUGUAUAAUGCAUGGAGUACAUAUACGUACCUAUGAAUUUCCUUGUUAUAUAUCAAACUAGUUAUAGUUAUAGAUUACACAGACGAACAGGAGAGAUAAUAUUAGUAAAGGGCUCACCAGCUAGGAAUACCUAAGGGGAAUCGCCAGUCGCGUGUUUUACUCAUUCCUCUUCAGGUAUUUUAUCGGGCCCGACAAUUGUAUAUCAGAGAGUUGCAAGUUGAGGAUGUACUGAAUCCCGAGCGAGGUUAAACAUAAGAAUAAGACCAACAAGACACCUUUGAUAAUGGGGGUUGAGUACGGCGAUACGGACAACGUGACGACGUACAACCCCGAUGUCGAGGAGCUGAUACGUCGAGAACAAGAUCGUCGAGUGGUACAAGAAGGGACUGCUGUUUGGAGGCGACGUAAAGAACAACUUUUGCGCCAGAAACAUCAUGAACAGCUUCAACUCCGUCACUUGCAGUCAACUUACUCUCCCUGGGGAAAGCCGGGAGGAGGCGCCCCCUACUUCGGCUCUUUAAAGAAGAAGAACGUGAUCCUCGAGCCGCUGUCGCCGCCCAGCUCCCAGGUGUCAUUGCAACCGUGGGGUCGCCCCGGGCCAGGUGGUCUUCCCUGGAGGGAUCCAAGGCUGCUGGGUGUCCGCUUUAUGGAGUCUAUGGGAUGGACAACAAAAUCAUUUCUUCGUCGACUUACCUCCAGCAAUCAGCGAGAAUUAACACCAUCAAUGCAAGAGUUUUUUGACGCCAAGUCUAGACCAGAAAUAACUGAGUCCUCGGGGAGGCUGGAUGGAGUCAGACCAUUUACAUCAAUUCAGAAUGAGUGCAAAAAUACUCCUUAUGAUUAUAAAUUGACUGGCGGAAUUGAGCUAGUACCAUUGCUCACAGCACGUAAAUGUCACUCAAAUCCUGUUAAAUAUAUUAAUACAGACGCUACGCGUCCUGGAUAUAUCUUAGACAGCCACCGGUCAUUGAAUAUCGAGAAUCGUGACUACACAGCAGCGCUGUCAGAGCAGAUAUCCCGGAAGCGUGAGCGUAUACUCGAGGAAAAACGCCUGGAACAAGAGAGCUGUCGCAGGCAUUUUGACACAUGGAGGAAGCUCUGGGGGCGACCGGGUCACGGCGCCCCGAUAGAUCACGCUUACAGAAACGAUCUCCAUGCAAUAUUAUAUCGUGCUGUUCCCAGAGUCUAUUGAUCUUUAGCGAAGACGCCAAUAAAUAACCUAACGGAAGCACUUCGGCGGAUUGACAAAAUUAUAAUUAUUACCCGUAGCGUAGACUAAUGCUAAUCCACGGACAAUUUGCAUAAUGAUCCAUUGGAAACAGAUUGAACACGUAGACGCGUGAAAGCUGUCAAGAGGAUAUAAUGGACCGGUCGCAUUAAUUAAUGACCGAAACGCGCCAGUCGUGAUGUUUGUGGCGGCGAUCUACUACCCGAUGAAUACACGGCACUCUAUUCACCCUCAGACGUAUAAAUACUCGCCACAUCUACGCUCCCUUUGUCUUGUUUGAUAGAAUGUAAUUUAACGUCCCGAUUUUAGCGAAAAAGUCGAAAAAACGCUAAAAAAAUAAAAAUACUGGCUUUAAAUUGGUUAGAGAAAAAAAUAAACCGGCCCAAAUUACCCCAGUUGAUCGAAAACAUCCUUAGAAAGAUGCAGAAUUAAAAAAAAAAAAAAAAAAAAAAAUGUUGCCUAGAUUCGAACCCGCGAUCUAUAAGUUUAAUAAUAAAAAAUUAAAAUGGCGAUAACUCGGAAACUACUUUGCCGAUUUUGAAGCAACUUUGUAGGUUGAUGUAGAGUAACUGCCUUUAGGUCUCUACAAAAUUUCAGGCGAUUCUGAGGACCCUGGGGUAAGAUGGUCAGGGAAGAAAAAUUAAUUUUUUGUAAAAAGUGACUAUAAUUCCGGAUAUUAUCGACCGAUUUUCGUCAACCAAAGCUUAAAUUCUUUAUUUCAGUGCUUUUAGUACUCUAUGGAGUUUUUUAAGGAUCCGGGGUAAGUUGGGUCACUAAAAAACUUACUAAAAUCAUAAAAAAUGAAGUUUUUAUAGGGAAAUAUAAAUAUAAAUAGAAAGUAUCUGGGUGGUAUGAAAAAAAAAUACUUUGCCGGGAUUCGAACCCGCGACUCAUAAGUUUAAUAAUACUUAAAUUUGAAAUGACGAGAUCUCGGAAACUACUCGGCGGAUUUCGACGCAACUUUGUAAAUAAACGUAUAUUAACUGCCCCUAGGUUCUUACAAAAUUUCAGGCGAUUCUGAGGACCCGGGGUAAGAUGGUCAGGGGAGAAAAAUGUAAUUAACCCGAAAGAAAGUUUAACAUUCAAUGAAAUAAAGGACUCGAGUGAUUGUUAUCGUAGCGUUUGAAUAAGUAAUGUUGUCGAGGAGCCAGUUAAAAUAACUCUUGAAGUUUAAAUGAAAACGGUGACCCAUUUAGCCCUGGAGUUAGUUUCUAAAAAGUUCGUCCCUUUUAUAAUGUAUUCCAGAGUAAAACAGCAUUAAUAAUUAUGACAGUAAUAUAAAACGAAUUGUUAUAUUUUUAGCUUUAAUUCUUGAAUAUUUAAGUGGUGACCUCGGUAAUUAUCAUAAAUUAGUGGUCCUCAUUACUUGAGUAGCUGAGAAAAAAUGUAAAUAAAUUAACCGUGUAACUAUUGUAAAUUUAAGGUUAAAAACAACCCAACCAAAAGAAAAACAACAAUAAUAAUAAUAUUAUGCAUAACCGCAUAAAAUUCUCUGGUAUUUGGUUUACAUAUACAGAGACAGAGGGCACUGUAUUCCGGAUACAGGUACUGAUAUUUUCCGAGAUAAAAUGAAUCACCCUUAUACAAACCCCGACCGCGAGCCUUUACAACCCCCAUGCCACUGACACUAGUAACAGCGGCACAAUGCUCAGACAAUGGAGCAACCAUGGAGUUGUGGAUGUUGGUUUCUACACGGUGAUUGUGUCUCGUUUCUCGUUUCUCGUGUCCCUUCCGCCUAAACCCGGUUGUGGUUGCGAGGAAUUUUCGCGGUUCGAAGCCUCUGCCUCGGAUCUGUGACCUCUCACCCCUAGGAUAACUCACAGGCUAAAUACCGCCCGAUUUUUUUCAUUUCAGACGGCCCAUCUUACCCCGGGUCCUCAGAAUCGCCUGAAAUUUUGUAAGGACCUAGAGUCAGUUAAUAUAUAUUUAUUUACAAAGUUGCGGCGAAAUCGGCCGAGUAGUUUCUGAGAUAUCGCCAUUUCAAAUUUAAAUAUUAUUAAACUUAUGAGUCGCGGGUUCGAAUCCCGGCAAAGUAUUUUUAUUUCAUACCACUAAGAUACUUUCUAUUUAUAUUUAUAUUUCCCUUUAAAAACUUCAUUUUUUAUAAUUUUAGUGAGUUUUUUAGUGACCCAACUUACCCCGGAUCCUCAGAAAACUUCAUAGAGUACUAAAAACACUAAAAUAAAGAUUUUGAGCUUUGGUUGACGAAAAUCAGUCGCUAAUAUCCGGAAUUAUAGUCAUUUUUUACAAAAAAUUAAUUUUUCUCUCCUGACCAUCUUACCCCAGGGUCCUCAGAAUCGCUUGAAAUUUUGUAAGGACCUAGAGGCAGUUAAUAUACGUUUAUUUACAAAGUUUUAACAAAAUCGGCCGAGUAGUUUCCAAGAUAUCGCCAUUUUAAUUUUUUAUUAUUAAACUAAUAGGUCGCGGGUUCGAAUCUCGGCAAUUUUUUUUUUUUUUUUUUUUUUUUUUUCAAUUAGAGAAUUUUUAUAUGUAAAGAAGAGGCAAUUUGAAAGUCUAUUAAAGUGUCGAGUUACUCUAAAAGUUAUAGCGCUUUGAUUAAAAAAAUUUUCAUGUCCAUUUAUUCGUUUGAUUGUUCGUUUGUUUGUUUGCCGAGCGCUUCAAUAAUCAAAAUAAAAAUACCGGAUACACGAUAGAGUAGUAAUUGCUAGUUGUGCGUUCGGUGUAUUUUUUAAAAAAAUUAAUAAUAGCCUAGGUACAAAAUU